AACAAAUUCCAUUUCCUGAUACCAACUUUAUAAAACGGCUGUUAGAAAAUUCACGUAAAUCAAAAUUAUCUCGUAAAACCAAAAAAAAUGAUCCGCCGCGCCCACCAAAUGCAUUUUUUUUAUUUAGAAACUCGGUUCAUUUCUACUUAAGUUCCUUGAAUCUAAAAGUUCCGCAAAUUUCAACAACUUCUGGCAAAUUGUGGUUCGAAGCAACAGAAGAAACAAAAACAAAAUAUAGUAAAUUGCAAUCAAUUGCUAAAAUUUUACAUUUAGAAAUGUACCCAGGUUAUGUUUAUAGACCAAGAAAGAAUUUACAUAUUAUUGUUGCUGCCCUUGGUGCACUUGAUAGUCUUGAUGCUCAUAAUGUCCUUGUUGACGAUGAUGAAAGUGGCAAUGAUGAACUGAGCUUCAUUUUUUUCUGA